AUUAGGUCGUAAAUUAGUGUUUGAAGAUAUUUGGUCCCCCACGAAUUACGCUGAACUAUUUUAUUUUUAGUGAGUUUAUUUUGUGUCCCCUUUUUUUUUAUUUUUGUUUUUGUUUUCAUUUUUGAGUUCGAUAAUUUCGUAUGCUUAAAUUAUCAAUCAUCUUUCUCCAUUGAACCAUCAAAAGUUGAUUCAUAUAAACACGGGUUGAUAGAAGAGUUAUAGAAAGUGUUAAUUGAAUAAGGUAAUAUCAAAAAAUGUUGACUAAAUCGGGCGGAACAGAGUCAAUUUCACAAUCACAAUUAAGUAGCCGAAAGGAAAAGCAUCAUCUUCAUCAUCAUCAUAAUGAAACUUCAAAUCAUAUUGAUAACAAAGAGAAAAUAGAAGAUGAUGACGAGGAAGAAGAAGAGGAAGACCAUUUAAGCGAUGCUGGAAAUCAAUCCAAUGAUCAUUAUAAAUCCCGACUUUCCCCAUUUCGAUAUAAACUCAGGUCUAUGUUACUACCAUAUAUUCAAGCUGAAACUAUCGUAUUAUAUAAGUUACAAAAGGCAUUGAGAAAUCCAACUCUUGACUUUUAUUUUGCAUGGACAGCCAAUUUAGCAAGUCAUACCUUCUAUAUAUUGAUGUUACCUCCAUCACUUUGGUUUGGAGCUUCACAAUUGGCUCGAGAUUUGAUUCAUGUUUUAGGAUUUGGGAUUUAUUUUUCAGGAUUCUUAAAAGAUUUCUUUUGUUUACCAAGACCAAGAUCACCUCCAUUACAUAGAAUCACCAUGUCAUCAUAUACUACACAAGAAUAUGGUUUCCCAUCAUCACAUGCUACUAAUGCCACGGCAGUCACUUUAGUUUUAUUAAGUAAAUUAUUUGAACUUAAAGAUCAAAUUCCUUCAGUUUACUUUAUAAUAUUAUUAAGUGUACUAUUUAUUUAUUACUUUUCAUUAAUCUUUGGAAGAUUAUAUUGUGGUAUGCAUGGAUUCCUUGAUAUUAUCGUAGGGUCAAUCAUUGGGAUUGGAUGUUUUUCAUUUAGAUAUUUUGUGGGACGUGAAUGGGAUAAUCUAAUUUUUAAUAAUUUCCUUGAUGAUAAAUUUUAUAUUACUCCAAUUAUACUAAUUAUUGGAUAUGUAUCGUUAAUUCAUUUCCAUUCAGAACCAAUUGAUGAUUGUCCUUGUUUUGAUGAUUCUGUAUCAUUCAUUGGAGUAUUGAUUGGUAUUGAUAUGUCACAUUAUGUUUGUGUUAAAAAUGGAUAUUUCUUAAAAGAUUUUCCAGAAGGAAAUGAUCCAAUUAUGAUUUAUUAUAGUUUUGCCAAAUUGGGAAUAAUUCGGUCAAUAUUAAGAUUUAUAUUAGGAGUAUUAUUAGUAGUAACUUGGAAAACAAUUUCCAAACCAGUUAUUUAUACUAUUUUACCUCCAGUUUAUAAAAUUAUUGGAAUUUAUUUACCAAGAAGAAAUUUCAUUUCAACUGCUUUUACCCAAAAUACAACUAGACAAAUCAGAUCAACAUCGAUUUCAAAUGAUAAGGGUCAAAUGGGUGAUUUGAAUACUUUCAUAAAGGGAUUAACUGAUCAUGCUAAAGUUGAUGAAAUUGGACCUGAAACUGAUAUUGAUUAUUAUGCUAUGUUGGAUUAUAAUCAAAAGAAACAACAACAAAAGAAGAAUCUCAACAAUGGUAAUAAUACGAAUAACAGUAGUAGUAGUGGAGAUGAAGGAGAUAUACUGACAUAUAAAAGUGGAGUAUUUAAACCUAGAUAUGAUGUUGAAAUUGUAGGUAGAUUAAUUGUAUAUGCUGGAAUUAGUACUAUGUCAGUGUGGGGAUUUGGACUUGCAACUGAAUUAGUUGGAUUAAGUUAGGUUAAUUUAUAUCCUAAACCUUAUUCAAAGUGUAUAAUAGUAUAUUUUGUUAGUUAGAUAUUUAUUCAGUUCAUUCGUUAAGUAGAGUAAUUUUAUACUAAUAUCUAUUUAUAUGUCAUACCACAUGAUACGACACACAUGACUAAAGAUCUACUAGAUAAUCAAGGAAGAGGGGAGAGAGAAGGUUUAAUAAUAAAUAUUUUAUACUGAGGAAGCCUAAGGAAUAGUAGAUUGAGUUAUUGACACACAAAAACUAAAACAACAACAACAUGUUACCACAUUACAUCAAUUCAUCACAUUACUAAUAACAAUGAAAACAUC